AUGGUUUAUGGGAAGGCGUGUCACUUGCCAAUGGAGUUGGAGCACAGGACUUACUGGGCCCUCAAAGUCCUAAAUUUUGACAGCUCACAAUCUAGAGAGAAGCGAAGAUUGAAGCUACUGGAGCUAGAGGAAAUGAGGCUCAAUGCAUAUGAAUCCUCCAGGUACUAUAAGCAGAAGAGGAAGAUGUAUCAUGAAAAGAAGCUGCUAAAGAAGACCUUUCAGCCAGGACAACAAGUGCUAUUGUAUAAUUCAAGGAUAAGGCUCUUCCCUGGGAAGCUCAAAUCCAAGUGGUCAGGGCCAUUCAUGGUCAAAGAAGUGAAGUCAUUCAAAGCAGUGGAGCUGAUAAAUCCUGCCACAUCUGAUCCUGAGAAGACUUGGAUCGUCAAUGGUCAAAGGUUGAAGAUCUACAAUGGUGGUGAUAUCGAGAGGGUGACCACCGUCAUCCAUCUCUAA